CUCUUAGGGGCUCGUGCACGGGUUGAACUUCCUUUCACUCCGACAUCUUGACGGUGGGACAUCAUGGUAAGGGUUUUAGCGUGAUUUUUCAUUAAAUUCGAGGGCGAAUAAAAUAUUUGACUCGGAAAAGUACAGAGGCUGGAUAGAUCGGGAUGGGUAGUUGGAAAAUAUUAGUCGUCCGUAGCGUCCUGAUCGUGAUUAUGGAUGGAAUAGUUCACUUUACGAUUAAAGUGGGCCAUGCUUGCUAGUUAACGUUAGCUUGCUUGGCUACGUUAGCUGACAUGCGGCUGAUGGUCUACUGCGUGAUCAGCCAACCAUCGGAUCAUGUUUCAGACAAUCAGUUGUCUAUCAUGCCCCAAUGUGUAGAUAUCUCAUAGUCUGACCGUUCCCACACAAAUGUAUCAACUGAUCAGAUUAGGCAAACUGCCGGCCAGUUCUCUGCAGACCACUGUUGGUUUAACUGGAGUCGGUUGUUGACUAGCUAGCUAGUUUUUAGCAUGUGACUAGGCCCUAGUAAGUUCAUUUAGGCAUAACUACAUUUACACACAUUACUAAAAUAUUCACAGGCUCUCAUCCUAUUUGGUUCAAACCAACUAGUUAUCUUCUGUAAGUUAUAGUGCACUUACAAAUUACCACCUAACGUUUGCUAGUUUUGGUAAAUGUAUGAUGGUUCAUUCCACAUCAGUUGGAUAAUUUUGCUGUGAUCUCUUAUUCCAGCCUCCUAAAGACGCCAAGGGGAAGGGGAAGGAUUCCGGGAAGUCCAAAAAGGACAAGGAUCCAGCCAACAAAUCCGGAGGCAAAGCCAAGAAGAAGGUAUGUCCUGGUAUCCAUUGAUCUCUGCUUGGGGGUUUAUUCCUUUGGUGUCAUAAAAUGGUUGCACUGUCAGGAGUGUGAAUAACAUCAACAACCUCCAUUUCCCCUGAGCAGAAGUGGUCCAAGGGAAAGGUGAGGGAUAAGCUAAACAACCUGGUCCUCUUCGACAAGGCCACCUAUGAAAAGUUGAACAAGGAAGUGCCCAACUACAAGCUCAUCACACCAGCAGUUGUGUCUGAGAGGCUAAAGAUCAGAGGGUCUCUGGCCAGGGCUGCCCUCCAGGAACUGCUCAGCAAAGGUAAACCCUGACCCCUUACUCUUGAUUCUCAACCAUAGUGUUUACUCUUAGUGAAUUUGAUGAAGUUGGGAAGUAGUCGGGUAACCAGAUCUGACUUUAUGUAAGACUAGUCUGUAUGGCAGUCACUGUACUCAAAUUUCAACAUUUGGCUUUAUUUUUGAGCCCUAAUAUCAGUGUGGAUGGUACAUGUUUGUCAGAAUAGGCAUACACCCUUUUGCAUGGGCUGCUGGUACACUACUGUCAUGUCUAUCUACACUAGUGUUGUGUUUUGGCAGGCUACACUCUGUGUCAGUAGUCUGAGGACGAUGAUCUGGUUCAAUUUUGAGCUUUGCUACAGUGAACCCCAGUUUGACUCAACAAGGCACUGACUCUUGUGGGUCUGCCGCAGAGCCAACUGGUACAGAUACUUUUACAAAGCUGUUAAGCCCCACCUACAUAUACCCAUGUUUAGCACUCCUCUCACUUGCCUUCCAAAUGAAACACAAAAUAUUUUGCAAUUAAAACUCUUACUACAAAAUUAACAUGUUUUGUAAUGGUCAUCAGUCCUGUUCCUUCAAAAUGUCACUUUUAACCCCUGUCGGCAGUAGUCUUCCUUCAUGGGGGGAAAAUACUGUCGUUUUGCUGAACAUUGGCUCUGAUCAGUGACUACUAAGACUGGCACUGCAACUUGAUGUCUGCUCUUUCAGCAUCAAGCGUUGUGGAUAUUGUCUUAACUUGUGUCAGGGCAGUGAGUGGGUCAGUUGGUAAUGUGGGACCAUAGUAUUUCAAUAUCUGUACAAACUAAAUGGCACAUUCCAUUCUGCCGCCCCUCUAGGUAUGAUCAAGUUGGUGUCAAAACACAGAUCGCAGGUGAUCUACACACGUAACACCAAGGGUCCCGAGGAGGAGGGUGGCGUUGUGGUUCCAGACAAGCCAGAGAAGCCUGAGAAGGCAGCUAAGGCAGCAAAGGCAGAGAAGGAAGAGAAAGCAUAAACCGGUAUGUGUUAUGCUAGUAGUCCUAAUGGAACUAGCCUACAUUUUAUUGCAAAGAACUCAAGAUUCCUCACUGCAAUACCUGAUUGAAUGUGUUGUGUAAAACAUGUAAUGCGUAACAUGUUAACAGGCAGGUUGGAGGACUACUGCUAUGUAUUCCAUCUAAAAUCAUCUUGUCUUUUUCAGGUUGUGCUGUUGUGGUUCCUGCUUUCAGAUGUGAAUAAAAUUCUGAAAAGAGAAAUUUGCAUUACAUUUUUUUGUAUUCCUUGUAAUAUUCUCUUAUUCUCCCUGAUGUCUGUGUACUCAUCAUUUUGAAGAGCCUUUAUAGCUCCAGAUAUAGGGCAGUGAUUCAUUCAU